UGGCAAAAGGUGUAGAAACGCUGAAGCACUCCAUUCUGUUUAUGAUUUCUAUUUAUGAUUGACGCUGCUGUUUAAAGCUAUAUUUUUUAAUGUCUGCUUUAUUUGUAUUAUUACAUAGUUGGAGAGGACAGGGGAGAUAGGGUGGACAGCUCCCUGUCUAGUAGUUGUAGCCGGUAGCUAGUUAUACGUCUUCUUGAGGAAGCGCCGACAGACGGACAGCUGUGCGAGUUCGCAUUUUCUAAUAAAACAGCAGCACGAGCGAUGGCUUCGGCGUAGCAUUUCGUACUGUAUUUUUCAUACGGCGGCGAAGUCGACAUUGUGAAGGUUUUGUUCUGUGCUAGUUUCGUGGUGUCCGUGUGUUGGCAUGACAUAGCAGCUACGAGCAAGAGCCGCUUCGAUUAUGGGAACAUUCAGGUUUGAGGAACCCUGAUCUGAUUGGCUCCGGCACCGCCCUACCAGGUGACCCUACAGCCGGGGAGACGUGUAAGGAGACCCAGCCACAGCCUCCCCUGUCCAACAGUGCGUUGCACUGUGCCUACCACCACAACCAUGCCCACCCCCAGCGGCAGCCCCGAGAGAGAGGGCUCCACAGGGGGACCCAACCAGCUGGAGUGUCCCCCCUCCUCUCCCCCUGGCAUGGACCAUUCCAUGGGCAGCCCCCUGCUCAGCCCGGACUCAUCUUGCCAAGAUGCCAUGCUCUCAGCCCCCGCUGCCUCCCCCGCUGACUCGGAGAGCCUGAGCCCCGACGAGCUAGAGCUGCUGGCCAAGCUUGAGGAGCAGAACAGACUUCUGGAGGCAGACUCCAAGUCGAUGCGUUCGAUGAGCGGCUCGCGGCGGAACAGCGGCUCGUCCCUGGUGUCCAGCUCCUCUGCCUCGUCCAACCUGUCCCACCUGGAGGAGGACACCUGGAUCCUGUGGGGACGCAUCGUCAACGAGUGGGACGAAUGGAGACGCAAGAAGGACAAGCUGCUCAAGGAGCUGAUCCGUAAGGGCAUCCCACACCACUUCCGGGCCAUCGUGUGGCAGCUGCUUGGUAACGCCACAGACAUGCCAGUGAAGAACCAGUACUCUGAGCUGCUCAAGAUGUCCUCGCCCUGCGAAAAGCUCAUCCGCCGGGACAUCGCCCGCACCUACCCCGAGCAUGAGUUCUUCAAGGGCCAGGACAGCCUGGGUCAGGAGGUGCUCUUCAACGUCAUGAAGGCGUAUUCUCUGGUGGACCGGGAGGUGGGCUACUGCCAGGGCAGUGCCUUCAUCGUGGGCUUGCUGCUCAUGCAGAUGCCAGAGGAGGAGGCGUUCUGUGUGUUUGUGCGUCUGAUGCAGGAGUACCGUCUGAGGGAGCUUUUCAAACCAACCAUGGCUGAACUAGGCCUCUGUAUCUACCAGUUUGAAUACCUGCUGCAGGAGCAGCUCCCGGAGCUGAACGUCCACUUCCGUUCUCAAAGUUUCCACACCUCCAUGUACGCCUCCUCCUGGUUCCUGACUCUCUUCCUCACCUUCCUCCCCAUGCCCGUCGCCACACGCAUCUUCGAUAUCUUCAUGUACGAGGGUCUGGAGAUUAUAUUUCGUGUGGGCAUGGCCAUUCUGCAGUACAACCAGACUGACCUCAUCCAGCUGGAUAUGGAGGGCAUGUCUCAGCACUUCCAGAAGUUGAUCCCCCACCAGUUUGACAGCUGCCCAGACAAGCUGAUCCUGAGGGCCUACCAGGUCAAAUACAACCCCAAGAGGAUGAAGAAGUUGGAGAAAGAGUACACCACAAUCAAGAACAAAGAGAUGGAGGAGCAGAUAGAGAUCAAGAGGUUACGCACAGAGAACAGGCUUCUGAAGCAGAGGAUUGAGACAUUGGAGAAGGAAAGUGCUGCUCUAGCAGACAGGCUGAUACAGGGUCAGGUGACGCGGGCGCAGGAGGCGGAGGAGAACUAUGUGAUCAAGCGGGAGCUGGCGGUGGUGAGGCAGCAGUUCAGCGUGACCAGCCAGAACCUGGAGAAAGCCCAGGACACCAUCGGAGAACUACAGCGGGAGAAGUACACAGAGCAGUUUGUGACCGGUCUGCAGAUGCAGCUGGAGCAGUCCCGGCUGCAGGAGGCAGAGCUACUGGGGGCCCUCAAAGAGAUGCAGGACAAAAUACUGGACCUAGAGAAGAGGAGCAACUCUCUGCCUGAUGAGAACAACGUGGCCCAGCUGCAGGAUGAGCUGAAGCUGGUGAAGCUCCGAGAGCUGGAGACACUGCACUCCUUCAGAGAGAUGCAGGACACGGUGACCGAGCUCAACCAGCGCUGGCAGCUCCACAUGUCAAAAGGUGGCGGGGGUCACUGGAAGGAAUCCCCCAAGAAGAAUGCCCUUAAUGAGCUGCAGGACAAGCUGAUGGGGGUGCGUCUGAGAGAGGCCCAAGCCCAGGCUGAACUCAGGGAGGUCAAACUCCAAGCCAUACAGCUGGAGAGCCAGAACCAGAUUCACAGCAAGCUGAUUGGGCGCCAUGAGGUGGAGAGCGCCGCCAUGCAGGAGAGACUGCAGCAGCUGGCGAGCCAGAACAAGGGGAUGCUGGCCCAGCUCACCGAGAUGAAGAGGAAACAGGCUGAGCUCGACUGCAAGAGUAAAGAGGAGGUGAUGGCGGUGCGCUUGCGGGAGGCUGACAGCAUGGCUGCCAUGGCUGAGUUCAGACAGAAGAUAGCUGAGCUGGAGAUACAGAAGGAGGAGGGUCUGAUCCAGGGCCAGCUGAACCACUCUGACUCCAGGCAGUAUAUCACCCAGCUUCGAGACCAGAUCGGAGAGCUCAAGAAUGAGAUCAGGCAGCUCCGCGGACAGCGCUCCAAGUUCGCUCCUAGUUCCCGGGAUGGGGGCGGGGGCUACCCGGAUCUGUGUCUAGCUAGCCCCUCGUCAGCCGGAGGCGACUACCUGAGCUCAGAUGAGGACCUUCUCCCCAGCCCCAUCCCCCCUAACGCCAUGUACCCCGCCCUGCCCCACCCCUCGGCCAGGCUGGACAGCGAGGGCAGCACCGACAGCGAAGCAGAGGCCCACCCGGACCACCCCCACCACGGCCCCUCGCAGCAGCUCUACACUAGCAUGGCGUGUGCUGAGGUCCUGGACAACUGAGCCAUGGAGGUCCCUGGAACUACCUGGUCCUGUACUCAGUAUCUCUUUAGUAUUAGAGAUGCUGUACUCGCCCCAACUUUACUGUACUACUGUUUUCACCCUAAACUACUGUAACCUGUAACGGACAUCCUCCCCUCCUCCUUCAUGUUGGUGCCAUGGUCUCUCCUCUUUUUGUCAUUCUCUUUUCUCCAUUUCCCCCUUUUACUUCUCUUCUCUCCUAUCUCUCUUCACUUAUCCCUCUCUUUAUCUCUCUCUCUCUCCCUCAAUCUCUUUCUCCUCUACAUUCUCACAGACCCUGUAUUCCCUAUGGGGGUUGAGUCAAUUCCAGUCCUAUUUCCCUGUCUUGUCCUGUCCUUGGCAUUAGUUUCCACGCUGCACUCCGGUCCUGAGUGAAGAACAGAUAACUUCAGUACGCUCGCUCACUGUGCAGCAAGCAUAUCCUAUCCACACAGAAAGCCGAGAAAAUAAAAGGGAUUGAAAAUGGACCAAAAAAAUUGCUUUCAAUACUCCAACCAUACCACACAGCAGUGACUAUGAUAUGCAUCGGACAUCACUGAUUAAAUGAUUCCCCUCAAGUUUGUAAGGACUUCAAUAUGGACUUGGGAUCGGUAAAAGAGGAUAUGGAUGGAUGACUUGUUGGGCUUGACCCUGCUGGUACUGUACUGUCCCGUGAGCGAGAUGUGGGACUUACCGUCUCCCUCCAUCUUUCUCUUUCCUCCUCCUUUUCUCUCUCUCUGUCUCUUUCUGUCAUUUCAUCAUUCCAAGAAGACCCAUUGGCCACCUGCACUGCCUGUCAACAUGGAAACAACCAUCCACUGUAACCUCACAAUGCACACUUCGAAACAAAUGAGAGCGAGAGGGAAUGAAGGAAGGAUAGAGGUAGGAAAGGAGUAUGGUAUGGACUUGUACACAUCAAUAUCAUAGGGAUGUUACUAGAUGACAUCACAUGCAUAGAUGAAUAUUAACCAUUUACCUUACUGAAAUAUGUUUGUUGUGUCUGUCUUGCAAAUGAAACAAGGCAAGCGAAUUACGAUGGCUAAUGUCAACCACAAAAAAAUCUCAACGUUGCCAAAUCUUAGGUAAUUUUUCUGCUAUUAUUUAUGUUCUUAUUUAUUUUAAUAUUUUUAUAUAUCUAUAUAAAUAUAUAGAUGCCAACGGCGGCCAAACAUUAUAUAUACGCUGAGUUCCCUCGCUCCUUUGUGCCAACUUGAAUCCUGAGGCUGAGGUGUCAACGGACGGCGUCCUUGACGAUUCAUGUCAGAGAGACGGAAUGAAUGCGCUGCUAUGAUUUUCCUUUUUUUCUCCCAGUCUUCUUUUAUGUUAUGUUCUAUCUGCUCGACAUGCAGUCGAACUUUACACCCCUUAGGAAUCAGUUGUGAGUGCGAAAGGUACUGGUAAGAAAUUGUUGAACGGUGAUGGCUAUGCUUCAUAAUGAUGUCUCUACCUAUGACUUAUGCAAUACCCACACAUAAACAACUCCUUUAUACUCUAUUUGAAAUGUGUUAAGGCAUUUUUAAACCCUAAGAGCAUGUAUCAACCCACAAGUGUUUAUAAGAGGACAGCAAUGGCUCAGUCAAUCAUUCAUUUUGUCUCAUGGUGAGGCUGGAGGUUACUAGUUUGGGACUGCUUGGCAUGUGUCCGUCAAAAUGCUGUGUGAGUGAUGUGAAGGGGUUCACUUGGCAUGUGUCCGUCAAAAUGCUGUGUGAGUGAUGUGAAGGGGUUCACUUGGCAUGUGUCCGUCAAAAUGCUGUGUGAGUGACGUGAAGGGGUUCAUUUGAAGUUACCAACAACAACAAAAAGAGAAUUUGUUGAAAUUGACUAAUCAGAGGCAAAAUAAUAAUCAUUUACCAGCUACAAGUGUACUGAUCAGAUCAUCAUAAAUAUCAUUAUCAAGUUGGACCAGGGUUAUCACUCUGUUAGUCUCUGUUCUGUUGUUCUCGUCUGUCAUGGUGCUGUAUGAUGAAUUAUCAAUACCUCUCCUUCCAGAACAGCCAACUGUGACAUCACUUCCUCUUUCUACUGCCUGUUACAAAUAGGAUUUAGGGAUGGAUGGAAACAUUCAGUUGAACGUGUUGACUGAAAAUGUCGGACUAUCUGAUGCGUGCUGUUACUACAGCUUCAGAUGGCUAAAAUGCACAGGUGUUAACAGACUGGGAGCAGUAUUUUGCCUAGUAAAUACCUCAUUGGCUAACUAUGUGGCAUAUCAUCCCAAUUGUCUUGAAUAUAUGACAUGCUUGUUAGAAUUAGCUUUAGCUCAGUCAUUAGGAGCGGGGAGACUAAUGCAUCGGCUUGGUGUCAUGUUACCAAAGCAUUCAAAUGUUCUGUGUUUAUAUCAAUGGGACAGAGUUGAUCAUGGGAAUCGAUGAUAGCCAUCUGGAAGGAAGCUCCAUGUGGUUUCUUUCCCAAUGUCAAGGGGGAAAGGGUUCCAUACAAACUCUAUAUAGAUGGAAAGAGCAUUGUCCUACCUCUGUGGCAGACACUUCACAUAUCACAUUUUGAUAUAUUCUUACAACAGUGGAAGCAAAACGUAUUGUAUAAUUCAAUAAUAUUCCAUAUGACAACCUGAACUAAAGUAUUAAUAUAAAUAGAUCACAAGAAUAAUUGAGUUGAUUUGCUGAUGCAGAGUAAUAUAUUCAGUAGGGUGAUAUACGAUCUUAAGAUUCUGGAUAUAUGAUCCUAAGAUUCUGUAUAUACGAUCCUAAGAUUCUGGAUCUAAGAUUAUAGAUAUACGAUCCUAAGAUUCUAGAUAUACGAUCCUAAGAUUCUAGAUAUUGAUUCUAAGAUUCUAGAUCUCCCCCUGACUUAAAGCAGUCAGUGCUGUUCUGGGAAUAUGGGAGUGGGCACUUGGAGUGGUUAGUGUAGAAAGCUAAGGCCCUGUCUCAUGUCAGUAUUAGUGAGAACUUGUAAGGUUUCUUGGUAGUAUUGAGGUACUGUAUAAUGCUAUGCCACCAAGCCUAUGCAUCCCAACUUUGUAUCAUGUUUUCUUGUGUUCAAAUAAUGCCACGCACUCAGUUUUGGUGUGUGCCUGGCUUUUGUCACAGUGAUGCUGAAUGACGGGAGAACCUGUCACCAACUGCCAAGGAAAUAAGGGAGCUCCUCUAAUGGGGUUCCACUGCCAUGUAGCCCAUCUUUCGCUCGCUCAAGUAUUACAAAUAACCACCUUUUUAGAGGUUAAACCAGUGCAGCAGCUGAAAUCACUGUUGUCUGGUGUAACAUCCUGGACCAGUCAGUUACGGCAUUACUUUAGCAAUGGGAAGGAGUUCGGAUGCCAUGUGUUGUCAACCUGCGGUAGAGUAUAGUUUUGGUCAGUGGUGGAAAAAGCCCUUGAGUCAUACCUGAGUAAAAGUAAAGAUACCUUUUUAAUAGACAAUUACUCAAAUAAAAAGUGAGUCACCCAGUAAAAUACUACUUGAGUAAAGCUAUUUGGUUUUAAAUAUACAUCAGUAUCAAAAGUAAAAGUAUUAAUCAUUUCAAAUUCCCUACAUUAAGCAAACCAGACGGCACCAUUUUCUUGCUUUACAUUUAUUUUACGGUUAGCCAGGGGCACACCGACACUCAGACAUAAAUUACAAACGAAGCAUUUGUGUUCAGUGAGUCUGCCAGAUCAGAGGCAAUAGGAAUGUUCUCUAGAAUAAGUGAGUUAAUUUGAACAUUUUCUUGUCCUGCUCAGCAUUCAAAAUGUAACGAGUACUUUUGCGUUUCAGAUAAGAUGUAUGGAGUAAAAAGUACAUUUAUUUUCUGUAACUUUUACGCCACUAAAUUCCUAAAGUUGUCAAAAAUAUAAAUAGUAAAGUACAGAUACCAAAAAACUACUAAAGUAGUACUUUAAAUUAUUUUUUAUAAAAGUACUUUACUCCACUAUUUAGACACUACUAGACAGUGUCUAAUUUACACAAAAUCUUGUGCACUUGCUCCACACUCGCAUAACACCAGGCUGUAUAACAACCCUGCAUAAUACCAACACUAUAAUGCUGUUCAGAGAUGGUGCUUCGAUGCGGAACUCCCCAGUGUCCCAACUACAACUGUUAGAACUGUGACUAAAAUACUUUUUGAUACACAUGAAGAUGCCCUCUGAUUCAGUAUUUGUCAUCCAUGUAGUUGUAUGAUUAGCGUUGGUAUGGCUAUUCUUUGAUCUGAACUAAGAUCAUGGUUAAAAUCUUAGGGUGUGUUGAAUGGUAGGGUUCCAUGUUUAAAUCUAGAUAGUGCCAUAAUGUAGGUAGAUUUAUACAUAGUAUAUCAAAUGCAAUUUCCAUAGACAGUUCAGCAUUUGCACUCUGGUUUAGGGUGGUGUUCACCAAAAAUAUCUCAAAGGUGAAGGCCACUGUUGAGCUAGGACUGAAGGAUCCCCAAUAUGUUUAAGAUUUUUAUUUUAUAUAUAUAUAACCAUGUUAGAAUAAAACUGGAACACUACAUGCCGUUGUCUGUGUCUCAAAGAAGAGAGAAACAAAACAUGGAGGCUCCCCCUUAAGGAUGGUGUCCUCCAUACAUACCCUGGGUUGUAUUCAUUAGGGAACUCAAAGUAAAAUAAUUUUAAAUGUUCUGCAACAGAAAACAAAAAUGUGUGUUUCUUAUUGGACAAGUCCAUGAAGUACCUCCCGGUUUCAGUCACUUUUCUUCCAUUUGGUGCCUCAAACACAACCCUGGUGUAGGACAGGUCGGUAUCCACUUUACUCCCUCCAACCUUGUUCACUCUCUCUUGCAAUUCUACCAAUGUGUUGUCAAGUAUAUUAAUGACAGUAAUAAAGAUGAUAUUAAAGACAAUAUUAUGAAAAUA